AUGGAGGCAAAACGCAACCCCAAAGACUCGAUGAAAUCGACCUGGCGCCGCACCGAUCGUGGCGACUGGACCAUAUUCCACUGGUUCUACGAAGUACUGGGCAUCCACCCAACAGCCCUUGACAAGGAAGUACCUGUUCACUCCAAGCAAGACAAAGUGCCUCACGUCCGCGACUGGAAACUCCACCGCUGGGUCCUUGUCCACUCGUUCAUCCCGCUGGCCAUCCACCAUGCAUACGUCAAACUCACGGGCAACAAUCUGGGCCCGAUCGCCGCGUUUAUCUUCUACAUGCUCGCGUUCAAGUUAACCGCCAUCCACGAGAUGCAAGUGCUCCGCCGCCUGGGACAUAUCUAUGGCUUCCUGGAUGGGGAUAAGCAUGAACGUGAUGGUGUGCCGGACGUCGGCGUGGCAAAGGUUGUGCAUUCGCUCGUCUCAACGGCUACCUUCCGUCCCAUGAUGUCUGUCUUCCUCAGCUACCGCACCAGCCUGACUCCAGACACUAUCAGCUGGUUCUGGCUCCCGCUCGAGAUCGGCCUCUAUGGCAUCAUCCUCGACUUCUGGUUCUACUGGUACCACCGCUUGAUGCAUGACGUGAACGGCCUCUGGCAGUACCACCGCACGCACCACCUCACCAAGCAUCCCAACCCGCUUCUCACCCUCUACGCAGACCACGAACAGGAGUUCUUCGACAUCGCCGGUAUCCCGCUGAUGACAUACUUCACUCUCAAGGCCGUGGGCCUGCCCAUGGGUUUCUACGAGUGGUGGUUCUGCCAUAUGUAUGUCAUGUUUGCCGAGCUCGCUGGGCACAGUGGUCUUCGUCUACAUGCUAUCCCGCCGUCAACACUUUCGUGGUUCCUGAAGCUUUUCGACGCCGAAUUGGUCAUUGAGGACCACGAUAUUCACCACCGAAAAGGAUGGAGGAAGAGCCAUAACUAUGGCAAGCAGACGAGGCUUUGGGAUCGCAUCUUCGGGACUUGUGCUGAUCGAGUUGAGUGCAAUGAUGACAACAUUGAUUAUGUGAAUAUGGUUGAUAUGCCACUGAUUUGA